AUGUCACGGAUGACAUCGGAAGGUCCACUACAGGGAUAGGGACUAGAGAAUUCGGAGAACUCCCGCGCUUUACUGCGAACGGGAGUACAGCGAAAAGUACACUCUCGGGAAUGGAUUAUCUGUCAAAUCGUUCUGCUCGGGGACAUUUGGGAAUCUAAGGUUUCCUGCCACAGAAGUAUUCUGUAUUUUCUGAAGAAGGUGAACGGCUUUUAUAUAAAAUGCCAGGAGUCACUCACUGUGAAAGCCAAACGGUCCUAUCCAAAAGCAGUCCUCCAAGAAGGAACCGCUUAUCUUUACGCUUUUUUCAGAAGAAAGACACCAAGAGGGCACUGGAAUUUACUGAGGCAUCGCCAGCAACAACAGAAAGUCAAAAUGACGAGGAAAAGGAAUCCGAAAUCUGCAGUGAUCAAGUUGUUCCAACUCCUCAGUUAUCACCACCAGCUUGCUGUGUAAAAAAAGAAAGUCUUAUUCCAUUUGUUGGAUUGAAUAAUCUUGGUAAUACCUGCUACCUCAACAGCAUACUUCAGGUACUAUGCUAUUGUCCUGGAUUUAAAAAUGGGAUAAAGUUUCUGUCUGAGAUCAUUUCUAAGAAGGUGGAAAAUGUUGGUAAAGAGAGAGAGCAGACUCAGGAUAAGGACACUGUAAAACAUGAGUUACCUGCAAGUUAUGAGGUCAUCAGCAGUUUGAGUUCUUUGAUUCACUCUAUGGAACACCUUCAGAUAUCUUUUCUCUCAAACCCAGACAAUUAUGAUUCUGAACUUGCUGCUCAACCAAGGAGGCUUCUUAAUACAUUGAGGGAGGUAAAUCCUAUGUACGAAGGAUAUCUACAGCAUGAUGCACAAGAAGUUUUGCAGUGUAUUCUUGGAAAUAUUCAAGAGGCAUGUCAGGUUAUGAAAAAGGAAAUUCUUUUAAACUCACAGAUUAAUAAUUCCACUAAGAAUGCACAGGACACUGCUACAUCAAAAACUGAGCACAAUGGAUUACAUGGUAGUGACACAGAGUUUUUAACUGGCAGCUCUGCUGAAAUAACUGAAAUUGAGACGAAUGAAAAUGGCAAAAGGAAAAGUGAUAAUGAGGCUGGAAAUGUAAAAAAAAGAACCAAGCUAACCAAAGAACCAUCCGCAGAAGAACAGAGACAAACCAGAUCAAAAAGGAAGUCAUUAACAGAAAAACAAGAUAAAAGAACUGAUGCCCCCCCUAAGGCUGACAAUGGGAAUUCAAAUCAUUCACAGAAAAAAACAAAGCUAGGGUUAAACUGGCUAAAAUCGAGUAAACAACCUAGCAUAUUUUCUAAGUUUUGUAGCCUGGGUAAACAGUCAGACUCUUCAUCCAAAAGCUCUGAAACUGGAACACACAGCAUAAAAACCAACGCUAAAACAUCUGAAAAUGAACAGUCUAAAGAAAAUGGCCUCUGCAUCUUGGAGAACAACAAAAACAGAGAAGAUACAAAAACUAUUCCAGGAAAUGAAUCGAGUGGUUUUGAAUUAGUAGAAAAAAUGUUCCAAGGCAAGCUGGUGUUGCGAACCCGCUGUCUUGAAUGUGAGUCUUUCACAGAGAGGAGGGAAGAUUUUCAGGAUAUCAGCGUGCCUGUUCUGGAAAGCGAACCACCAAAACUGGAGGACUCCUCUGAUGUUUCUCCCGAUCCAAGACUUGAAACAAAGACUUUAAAAUGGGCUAUAUCCCAGUUUGCAUCAGUAGAGAGAAUUGUUGGAGAGGACAAAUAUUUCUGUGAAAACUGUCAUCAUUACACCGAAGCUGAAAGAAGCCUUCUUUUUGACAAAAUUCCAGACAUUGUGACUAUUCAUCUAAAAUGCUUUUCUGCAAAUAACUCUGAAUUUGAUUGCUUUGGUGGUCUUUCCAAAGUAAACACAGCAUUGUUGACUCCGCUGAAAUUGUCUCUUGAGGAAUGGAGUACAAAUGAAAGCAAGGACCUUUAUGGGCUGUUUGCAGUGGUAAUGCACAGUGGGGUUACUAUAAGCAGUGGACACUAUACAGCUUAUGUUCGAAUUCCAGAGAUAAGCGAUCUUGAAAGAGACCAUAUGAAAGCCCUGGUUGACCACAAGGAUGCUGUAAAGGCCGAGCCAUUAAACGAAGAAGAGGCACGGAUGAAUGAUGCCAAUUAUGAUGAUGGUGAGGUCUCGUUUCGAGUGAAUGGGUGUGUACCAUCAGCUAGUAAAGUGAGCAAAAAGCAAACAGAAACCGUAAGCCUUUUAGGAGGACAGAAAAGUAAACCUGACUUUCAGCAGUUACCCAACAAAACUGCUAAAUCCGAAACCAGCUUCAACUCCCAUGGUGAUAAAAGUUAUAGUGCGAGCCUUAGUGUAGACCUUCAGCGGGAGAUGUCAGAAGAGAGGGACUUGAGCGUGUCCUCCUAUACCUGCAAAGCUGACAAUUUGACAUCUUCCUUUUUGGAAAGCCUGAAGGAGUAUUUAGGAAAAUGGCUUCUUUUUGACGAUUCAGAAGUAAAAGUUACAGACGAAAAAGAUUUCAUGACUGCUAUUUCCCCAAACACACUUUCAACGUCCACUCCUUAUUUACUCUUCUACAAGAAAUUAAUUUAAAAUCUGCCGAUAUUUUGUAAGCAAAAUGUAUCCUAUGUAUGUUAGUCUUUGGAGAUUGGGUCUAUGAAUGAGACUGUUUGUACAUAUGUAAAUGUUGUCGUAUUACAGAGCUAACACUACAGUCUUGAGUCUGUCCGUAUGUAAAUGUUCCAGGUGAAAUCCAGUUGUCAGUCAUGUCUGCUAGUGAAGGCUUACACAACUUUAUUUGCAUAAUAUUCUUGUCUUCAUUGAAUUUCAUUACCCUGUAUUGACAAAAUAGAAAUUGAAUAUCAUGAUUGUUGAGCGUUCCGGUACUAACUAGAAUUGCCUGAAAUGAGAGUUUCCAUAAACAAUAGCUUUGAGCUUCUCUCCAUCUUCUGACAACAAUCCCUUCACCUUUUAGAGCUCACCUAAAAAAAGGCAACUGCUUUCAAAUAGGAUUGGGUUUAAUUAUCGUUAACUGCAAAACUGAUGGUGUUCUGAAACGAUGCAAGAUGGAUGACGUUUUUGUAUUUAUUGUGCAAUUGGAACAGUGUGUAUUGGAUUACAAAACAUACAGGAAGUUUUAGUUUAUAUUUGUUAAUCAUAGUUCAGUAUAAAUCAUUUUAAUCUGCUUUCUGAUUGUUUUUCUUAAUGUAAGAAAGGCAUUUUAAUUAAAAUAUUUCCUACUUUU